AUGGAUUUUUUAACAGUCGAAGAAAAAAUAGAAAUGAUUUUGAUUUAUGGAGAAGCAGGCAGGAAUCUUGAUGAUGCUGUUAAUAUCUACGCUCAGAGUUUUCCGGAUAAAAUUCGAUCACGUACUUUAUUUCACCGAACAGUCAAGCAGUUUACUACAAACGGGAGUGUUCAACCGAAAAAAAGAGUUCGUCGAACAACAGUCACAGGUGGAAAUAAUGAAAUUAAUGUAGCCGCCCCCACCGCCGCCGACACAAUCGAACGCAAUUUGGCUCAAUUACCGCGGACCGAACCUCGCACGCCAUUGGCCGCGACGCGACCAACGACGAAGCGAGGGGCGGGGCGCCGAAACGCACGCCCCCUUGCCACGGCAACGCGGCCCAAGCCGACCGAGAUCCAGUUGGGUCGUCGAAAUCGCGCUGUCAACUUGAAAUGUGCGCUGACAAUUAUUGUUGAGUUCGUACGGAAAGUAAACAUGGACGUCGCGAGUGCCGAAGAGACGGUUAUGAAGUGCAAAAAACCGACGCCUUUCAGCAUAGAGGCGCUGAUGAGCGAUUGCGGGCCGAAAAAAGACAAUAGGGAAACGUUUCCGUGGCACCAUCACCAUCACGCUUAUCUCAGGAGGCCGGUUUCGCCCAAUUUGGCGGCCAAUGUCGUCGGCAGCGAGUCCGAUGGCAGUGUGGACAUGGACCUCGCUCAGGAUUUAUCCAAUAGAAGCCAAAAAGAUGCAGGUUCGGACUUGGAGGACGACUUGGAGGAGAGCCAAAACUCCGACGGCACCGGCUCCGCGAAGUCUCGGCGCCGGCGCACGGCCUUCACGAGCGAGCAGCUGCUGGAGCUGGAGCGGGAGUUCCACGCGAAGAAAUACCUCUCCCUGACGGAACGCAGCCAGAUAGCGUCUGCGCUGCGCCUCAGCGAGGUGCAAGUGAAAAUCUGGUUCCAGAACCGCCGCGCCAAGUGGAAGCGCGUCAAGGCGGGGCUGGGCUCGGGCGGGCCCCACCAGGGGGGCCCCAAGGGCCAGCAGCAGCACAAGAGCAAGCUGGUGGUGCCCAUUCCGGUGCACGUCAACAGGUUUGCGGUGCGGAGCCAGCACCAGCAGUUGGAGAGGGCGUUGGGGGACCUCGCCGGGAGGGUCUUGGCAAGCCAUGCGGCGCUAAGGGCCGGUCUGGACCUGCACGGCUUUCACGCGGCCCCUCCCCAUUAGCUCUUUUUCAUUAAGUUAUUUUAUUAUUAACAAAGUUUGCGUUUGUUGAGAGUUGGACUGUAUAUAUAUAUAUACUUAUUUUUAACAUUUCAU